GGUAAACAGCAUAUAUUUAACAUUUUGUCAGUAGGGAAGGUCGUCUUAUUAAAACAUUCUAGACUGUGUGCUCGCAGUGUCCUAAUUAAAAUGAACUGUGUUUUCAAGUAGCAAAAAAAUCAUAAAUACCAAACAGGCCAAAACAACUAAUCAUUAUGCACACUGACAUUUAGUGCACUGAGCAAAUGGUGGACUGUUGUUCUUAGUUUUAGCAUUAUUUUGUAACCUGUUUAACUAUCUCAUCCAAGGGACAAUGCAUUUAACAUAUAUGUGGUAAUCAUGUUGUCGUUGUUGUUGCUGUUGUUUUUAAUUCUCACAGGCACUACAGGAAAUAAUACGUACAUGUACAUUUCUAAUAAAAUGUCAUGGCUUGGAGCUCAGAGUUACUGUAGACAGUAUCAUACGGAUCUGGCCAGUGUUAGAGAUGCAACAGAAUACUCAGUUAUACAGAAAGUUAUAAUAAACUCAGGCUCGGCAGCUUGGUUUGGUCUGUUCAGAGACACCUGGAAGUGGUCAGACCAAACCAACUUCUCUACCGUCAGCUGGAUGUCUGGAAAACCGGAUAAUGCCCUGGGGAAUGAAAAUUGUGGUUAUUUAAAUAACAAUCAGGCUGCUGAUGCACUGUGCUCAGACAUACUGCCUUUCUUCUGUUACUCAAUAAUCACCGGAAAACAACAGAUAAUAAAGGUGAAGGUCCGGGCCAAUCAGGAUGUGAAUGAAUUUGCAGUAAAGGCGGCCGUCUUGGAGCAGGUUAAGCAGAAACUGAAGGAUCAUGGGAUGGCAGAGAACAUCAAAGUGAAAUGGAGAGAGCAACCGGAUGGAAAGGUGUUUCACAAGGUGAAAGAAAAUAAUAGUACAGUAGAAAAAGAAGAGCUCUAAGUCUUGUAAUUCUGUAGAGCUCUAGCUAUUUUUUAGGGUGAAUAAUAUGUUCAGUCUGGAACAUUUAUUGAGAUGUAGUCUACUACUGUAUUUUUCAUUUAGUUGUCUACGACUUCUCUUCACACCAAAUGCAGUCAAUCAGCGGAGAUGUUUUUUGAGUGUUUGCUGGUUUUUUUGCAGACACAAUGAUGUAGCUAACGUGUAACAAAAGUCUAUCUCACUCAUAAUGUUUGUGUAAAAAUACAGCCAAUACUUUAUAUACAUAAAUAACAAUUUUAAGUUCCAUAAUAUUGUAUGACUCAUAUAUAGAUGCUUUUAUCGCUUUCCUCAUCACAAGCAUUAACUAACCAUUCUAUUCCUGAUAACGUAGAAUCCGUAGACACUGUGAUGUAAGAAUAAGUGAAUAAUGUGCAGGAUAUUUCCCUCUACUGAGUCUCUCCUGCUUCCUCCCGAGCUCCACCUGCAGAAGUUCCACCAUGUUUCUCUUUUCACUGGGCUCCAAAGGUCUGAAGAUGUCUGUAAUUUUUCAAUUUCAGCACCUUUAAUUCUUUAUUCUGCAACAUACAUGUAACAACAAUGUAGGCUUUGUUUUUUUUACUGUCAUUAGGUU